CUUCGACACGGUCAACGAGCAGACCUGCCAGACCUACCAGUUCGGGGCGGCCCGGGGCGGCGGCGGCGCCGGGGGGCGCCUCAGCAUCGACGCUUCCCUCACGAAGCUCUUCGAGUGCAUGUCCCUGGCCUACAGGUACUUCCCUGUGCAUUCCCUCAGUGAUACGGGAAAUGAAGCACAGAGUUUUAGGGGAACAGUUCAGAGCAGGAAUAGAAGAGCCUCGGCUGCGCCCAGCUGGAGGAGGAAAGGCAGCAAGCUGGAGGGACCUACUCCCUUUCUUCCAGAGUCAUCCUCCUACAAGCACAGGAAUCUUGUUCUUGUAGCUUUGUUUCUGCGUGAGCACGGAAAGGCUUCCUCCCAUCUCGGCUGGGAACUAGAAGGGUGGUCUUGUCUUCGCCGGGGUUUGGUGGAGUCAGCUUGUACUAGGGCUGGCUUCUGAGUAAGAGCAAGAAUUGCGGAGUUGAGCCUUAAGGGUGACUGAGGGGGAAGGAGAAGAUCCAGACGGCCUUGUUCUGGUGUAGUAAGUUCGUCCUUCCUGAGAAAGAAGAUUGCUGUCAUUAGUGUUGGAAAUGAACAAGUAUAAACUGCACUGUUUGUACUUGGGUCUUGCAAAUCCGGGGGCAAGGUGGCAUCUUGCGGGUCCCUCCGGAUGGUCUUUGUGUGGUCUCCUGCUGUGCUUGCUUCCUGCAGAACCCUUCUGAGGCAGUCCUGCUGCAGAGGUAACUGCGUUGGGAGCUCGGGGCAACACCAGCCCCUGGCUGUCGUUAGAGCAGUGGUGGUACAUCCAGGGGCUUGGCCCUGAGGCUGAGAGAGGUGUACAGGAGCAUUCCUCACUCCUGCAGUUUGUGCUGCAUCUUGCACUUAGGACAGAUCCUGUACGCGAGCAAGAUGGGGCCUCUUCUUUUUCCUGAUCCUUCUAGCGGCCAAGGCUGUUGGUCCUCAUGUAUCAGCGUGGACAGGGGAUUUUUAUUUUUUAUUUUUAAGCAGCAUCUCUGCGUAACAAGACCCAAGCAAACACUGCAGAGGCACGAAGGACGCUUUUGCUGCUGGAAUCUGUCAUGUUCAUUGUUUUCAGAACUCUGGCGUGGGAUGUUUACUCAAAAUCCUGGCCUCCGUUUCCCUCUGCCACUUUGUUUACUCUCUCUUCCCUCAGGGUCUGGCAGUAACGCGGGCUCUGCCCGCAGCAGUUCGAGGACACGCCAGAUGAAGUGCAGGGCUGAGACCUGUAUCAGGGCUGCAGCGAAUGCAGCGAUUUCUCAGUCUGACAGCCACACCACCUCCCCGUCAGCGUGAGCAGGUUGUCCAAGCCCUGUUCCUGCCUGCAUCACCCGGUCUCUGCCAGGGGCUGCAUCGCCUUGCCUAAUUUCUCACCCGAUAAGGUCCUAGUGCAGGAGGAGAGCCCAUCAAACCAGGAGUGACGGUACAGAGCCCAGGCCUGUGUGAUGUUAUUUUCGUGUCUCUGGAGCAGCUGGAAUGAAGUGGCGUUGGGAUUGCACAAUAGAUCUAAAAAUAACUUGGGCCCACUGCAUUUAAUUACUGUCUAGCAACUGUACAUUCGUGUGGCUAAACGUGAGCCAGCAAAGGCUCUUCAGCUGAACUUGUUCUUGCUGCAUCUUGCAUCCAGAUUUUAGGUUGCUGUUAAACUUUUUCACUGUUUAUCUUCACUAAUGACGUCAUUCCCAAAGGGAAGAGCUGCUCAGUUCCUUGUGAUUCUUCUCUGAAGCCUGGGGCUGCUCUUCAUUCUCUCUCCUUAGGCAGACCUUUGGUUUUGGAGCUGUGGUAUCACACCUGAUGUAGCCUGUGCUUGUUACUGAGAGCUAUUACUUUGUAGCAGGUCAGAGACAGAAAUGAGCAACACAGUAAAAAAAGGAAGGGCGUACAAGUGAAAAUGAAGAAAGAAAGGUAAAAAAGGAAAUACCUGAGCUCUGGGCCAGGCAGCUGUCAGAGCAGAAGUGCCAAAUGGGAAAAGGCCGGUGGAAGAUCUUGUUGCAUUUCUGAUGUGCCAAUCAAUAGCUAUGGGUAUUACCUGCUGCCACAUUUCCCAGGGCAAAGAAUGAUAUAAUUUGUUAUUUUCUAGCAUGGUUGGUCUCUGCUCAUCCUGAUGAAUUCCUGGAUGUGCGUAUGGAAGCUGUAGCCAUGUAGGCAAGCAAGUUAAACUGCUAAAAUGAUACUGAAAGUGGGAGCUGCCAGCAUCAGGAGGACUUUCUGUCUUCGAGUGAGAGGCGACACAGCAAAGUCUGUGCUCUGCUAAGCUGUGGAUUCAGAAAUGGGCUCUGAAAUUCACAUCUGCUAGCAGCACGUAAGGACCUGGAUGUUACAUACCAUUCCUCUCAUGCUGGCUCAUUAUGUAUAGAGUUCAGCAGAGGUAGGAAUGUUCCCCAGUAUGCUUUCAAACUCCUGCACAUUAAUGUCUGCACGGAUACUCAGCCUAGUCCAGCUUUCUGUUUGCUGGGUAAACAUAUGUCCCUGGCAGGAUGGAGGGCGAGUACGUGAUCGGAAAGCACGGUGGUGACGUGCCAAGUGUGGGGAAGCAGGGAAAGGGAACGAUCUGCUUGCUUUUGCUCUCUUACAACACAGCUUUUGAGCAAGAAAAUUGCGAGGAGGAACUGUAGUGGGGGAGUGGGUUAAUGACCUGAGAACACAUGCGAAAAUGACUUUUCUGGAUUUGAGGAUAUGGAAAAUUUAAAAAAGAACUAAACUGAAGGAUUUCAGUAAUAUUGUGAAAUACUUACAUCUGCUACAGAGCAAGAGAAGUACUUUGUAUGUUGACAGCUUAUUUCAGAUGAACCUAGUGUUGGGGUGGGAGAAAUAACUUGACUAAAGACACAGAUGUCCUCAAGGAGGAAACUGCAUGUACUUCAGGUACUUAGCAAUCAUGUUUGACAGCUAAAAUAUAUUGAGAAUAGAAAGCAGACGUUGUGAAAUAGCUGAGAGCCUCAAGCAAUCUAUCAAAAAGCUGGGACAUCUGAAUCUGCUGCAACAGUCCCCACGAUGGCUGUUCUCUAUUAAGAAAGUCAUUAUCCCUCCCUUUUCUACACAAAGAGCUGCCAGAUCGAUACACAUUCAACUCACUUCGGUAUGAAAGAAAAAAAAAGGGGGUCUAUAGACACAACAAGAGGAGAAAUAAAGUGGUUCUUCCAAUUCACUUGCAGGGAGUAGGGUGAUAUCAUUUCCCUUUACAACUGAGAAAUGUUUACAAAAGACUGACUUGCUCAGAAAUGUGUGUUGAGUCAAGGUAUGCAGAGGGCUCAGUUAACCUGCUCCCUGGUCAGGAAGGCUUUGAGCCUGGGUUGGGGCUGGUUUAAGCUCUGGCUGCCUGACCCACCUGGGAAUUCAUGGAGCUGAGUUUUGCUUUGUCUAGGGCUGCCUGAGAUGUGCAGGGCCAGUGGGGACGUGGUCCUAGGGCUUUGCUGCCUUUACCAGUUUCUGAAGAUAGCUGGAGGAAGGGAGCGGGCUGGGGACGGCAGGGAGUGCCACACAAAUGUGCUUGUCCUGUUCUCGCUGUUCCCCAAGCACCUGCUUGUGGCUACUGCUGGAGACGGAGCCCUGGGAAAGCUGGACCUUUGGCCCGCCCGUCUGGGCGUUUGUGCAGCUCUUACGAUAAAGCAGGCGAGGUUGGUGCCAAGUACUACAGCGAGCUAGGUGCUGCUUUAGUACCAGCAGCGGAAAAAAUUCCAGGCAGCACUUUCACUGCUAAGCUCUUAUCUCCGUUAGUAGGAGACUUGUCUUCUGCCGUGUAAAAAUUACAGCCUUAGAGUGCUCUCAUUUUGUAGCUUUUGCUUGGUGUGGAAACGUGUGUUUUUUUUCAGCACAGGACAGUACGUGUCAGCGGCACUCGGGCUCUGGAAGCUGCAGAUAAGUGCAGUCGGUGUUGCUGCGUGGCUGUUCUGCGUGAUACCAGCCUGCUGCUGCCUUCCCUGAGGGACUGCCUGGAGGGACCGGGUGUCCCACGGCCCUGCAGACACAGACAGCCGGUACGUUUGUGCCUCCAGUGCCUCUGUGGUCGGAUGUUGUCACCGUGUGACGAGGUUUCACUCGCUCACUUCAUCAAACCAGCAAAUGUUAGCAAAGAGCACAGCUCAACUAAGAGGCUCCAACAUCAGAUGCGCAAAAAUCUGCAAUAGAAGCCAGUUCAUUACUGCUUCUAAUAAAAGUUUUGCUCUGCGAGUCUCUGUUUAGGAGCCCAGCGUGCAUCCCAUCUGUCUUCAGUAUCCAGUCACACAAGCAGAACCCUCCAAUCUCCAGUAAAAAUCUUAGCGGAGCUUGAGGAGCCUCAAAUUUUUAUUAGCAGUUUUUAUUAGCACAUUAGUAGGCUUGGAAUCUGACCUUGCGUGUGCUGAUGCGUGCAUGGAGCGCGCUUUUAAAGCAGGGAGACAGAUCUUAGGAAGUUUAGAGGGAUUGAUUUCCUCUCCAACAGUAAAUGUGUAACAAAUGUCAUUUACCUUUCGUUUGAGCAGUCUGAGGGACCCUACCAAGUGAAGGCAGCUUUAUUGUGAUUUUUGCACGUGGAAAAAACACGGUUCAAAAAGAGGCUUGUGCUAGGGUCGUUUAGCGAGGGGGGAUUUUGCUGUGGUUGUUUGGUGGGGGCUGUUUGUAGGAAGAUUCAGGACAGUGCUGUUACUGUCAUCUGUUUUUACCUGGGAAUCCCCCACUUGUUUUGGGACCUAGACCAUCCAGGGCCCUGCGAAAGCGUGUCCUUGGAAAGGGGAUCGUGAGUCCAGCUGUCUUAAUGAAUGCAUGGGUGACUGACACAAGAAUUUCUGAGCUGCUUUGCUGGUGGAUAUUUGGUCGUGGUGGUUACUGCCAGCAGAGGAAUGACUUUAUAAGAAAGGCCGCUCGCAUGUAGUCUGGAGAGACAGGAAAUAAAGGAAAGCUUUAAACGGCCCCUUUGAAACUUCCUGCUUCUGAUAAGAGCGUUUUACAUGGCGAGGGAGAGAGACAUUUGAAGGGGACGAUGAACUUGGUGUAUGCUAGGUGUAUUCUGGCUCCUAGGGAAGGUUCCUGGGCUCCUCAGCGAUCCUGCUGGCCGGAGGCGAGUGUCAGAGGUGCUGCGAUCCCAACAGAGAUCCCGAGAGGAAGCGCCGCGUGUCCGGAGCUGCUGGUGGUCGGUCAGGUGCGGUCAGUGCCGUGUACCCCGACUUCGUUUGCUUCGUGUCUGCAGGAUGCGUGCUUUUCUCCCCCAAAAUAUAACACACUCAGCAAGAGUUUCUGUUCUGGCUUUUCAAUUUUCUUACGCUUCCGAAAGUUUGGAGGCGUAAUUGUGUUGCAGUUGCUGUGUACUCGUCCUGGUACCUGGCCUUUCCGGAGAGAGGGGCGGCAUUCAGAAUUCAGUGCUGCCGAAUUUGUCUUUCCUCAUCCCCUUAAAGGGGGGACACUAAAGGGAGGGGAGGAUUUUGAGUUGUAGUUGUAGCAUGCAGUCACAGACAGUGCUCCUAAAACUUCACGCCCCGAGCAUCCACAAACCUUCUCAGCUGUCCUGUUUUUGGUGACUUAUCGUUGAACAAACUGUGUUCAUCUUUUAACAGGCUUUCAAAGCAUUUCCUGCUUGCGUCACAGAAUCACGCAGACACUUUCGAUCUCGUUGUGCUUAUGUGCUAUUCAGUCCUGUAGCUAUUACAGUGAGUUUAAAAUCUCUGAGCACAAUCAUUAUGAAGUAACAAACUGCUCUCGAGUGCGACCGGAGCCACACUGCCAGGGACAGGGCCGGUCUCUCCACCCUGUGUGGAACCAGGAAUCUCCCUCGGCCUGUCCAACCCGAACUUGGCAGCGAGAGCCGUGUGGGAAAAGUGACGCGGAUUCCGCGCGGUGAGCAUUAGCACGCUUCUCCCUCGUGCCCCACUUAACCCGAGGAGGGGUCACUUACACAGCCGCGCAGCUCCCGCUGCUCUCGCCGCUGACCUGGAGGUGAAGGUCCGUUAUCCACCGCUCCUUCCAAGCAGGCGCAGCCUUUCCUGGAGGCUCAGCCUUCCCGGGAGGCUGCGGGCAUCGGCUGCUGGAUCCCCGGCAGCGCGGCUGCUCCUAGCAGGGGCCGCGGGAGCCGCCUGCUCCCAGCCGCUCGCCGCUGGCUGGAGGCUGGUGCUGGUGAAGUCACUGUGAAAGCAUUUGUCUGCGCUCGGAUCCAACGAAGUAAAGAUUUUCCUAGGAGGUGUAUGUGGCCUUUCGGAGGGGCCUCUUUUCUACUUAACUCCUUUUUUUUUUCCCCGUUCCAGUCCGCUUUAUGGUGACUCUGGCAGGGGUUUUCUCCCUCCUUUAUCUUUCUGAGUAUUUUUUUGAUCUUCCAGUAGCCUUAGUAGUAACAGAACUGUGCCAUUACCCUCCUCCUAUCUUCUGGGUAGUUCCUGGCUUAGCUUUUAUGUACGGUUUCAAUAAACUGUGUGUGCUGGUGAAGCCUUGAGUCUGCAGUAACUGAAUUUGGGAACGAGCCUGGUGUUUCUCAUGCUGCAGGGAGCUGCUCGCAGACAGCUGCUGGGAGAGCUUCGUUGCACCGGGGGAGAGGUGGGGAGCGCCUCUUCUUUUUAAAACACUUAAGUCAUUUUCAGAAUAAGAUCCCUGAAGUCUCGGAGUGUAUUUAUAGGCUCGCAGCGUCGUGCCCAGAACGUUACCCUACCCUCUGUGGCAGAAGCUCUGGUUUCAGGUUUCUGUCCCUGGUAAACAGCUCUCGGUUCCUGUCAGUAUGAGAGCUGCGCUGAUCUGCCCUGCUGAUAGGGUUUGUUUGGGUUUGUUAAGGGCUCUCUGUGUGAAAAAUCUUUGAACCACAAUUUAGGUGCUUAAAAUAAGGUCCUGGAUUAUCGCAUCUCGAUCAGCCUAUUACCCUAGGCUAAGGCCUUAGCAUACAAAAGGAUCCCGACCCGCUGGUGGCUCUGUGCAAGAGGGUCCUCCCGGCUGCCAUCCUGGUAAACGGGCAGGAAGAGGUGCUCUGGGCAACACCUCUGCUUCCUGGACAUUUGCACAUGAGAAGAGCCCUCUGCAGUGAGUGUUUUGAGAAGCUUGAGCAAAACCCAGUGAUAGGAAUCAAGUUUUAGGAAGAAGUGGAGAAUUUCAAAAGACACAAAAGGAGGAUCACUUCCCCUAGACUGAAGCUGCUCUAGAAGUGCAUGGUGAAAAGCCAGCCUCACGAGGGAAUGCAGGACAGGCUUCAAAACCAAGGGAAAACAAAUGCAUGAUCUUGGGUGAAGUACUUUGUUGACGUGCUUAUCAAUACACCAUAUUGAUGAUCACCAUCAUAGCAGCUAGUAACAGUAGGGAAGCUCCUCGACCUCCCAGCAGGGAUUCUGUAAGAAAAGUUCACGGUAGAACUGAUCCAUCCUUGUUGUGCCAUCUCAACGUCGUUAGGUACAGGAUGUUUCCUUGGCCUCGGAGAACUUUUAAAUGUUCCUUGAGCAGGAGGGGGGCUGCAGCAAGGCAGGUGGAGAGGAGGUGAUGGGGGAAAGGGGUGCUUUGGGUGCCGUGGCUGCUCCCUGAAAGGGAAUUGUGCGGCAGGGAGGGAGCUGACAACGAAGCUGUUGGUGGAGGUGAUGCAGCAAAGAAAAUCUGGCAACUAUCACAGUCCUCACCGCCGCAGAUCAGAGCGAAGUUACUGGUGGACCGUUGCACAUUAGGAGCCUGAGGUGGGUUAAAGCUCAUUGUGUCUUUUUGCUCCUUCCAGGCAAAGAACAGAGUAAGUGCUCCCUAAACGCAAGUCCUCAAUCCGGUGGUUCUAAAAUAGUUUUGACAACUUCGUAGGUGAUGCAGGAUACUCAUUUCUGGUCGUCCUGGCCCUGGGCAGAGAGCACUGAGCCGCGUGAAGCUGCGUGAGCAAUCCUAGCAGCAGAGAGAAGGAGCUGGGCGUGAAGGUUUGUUCUCCAGUAGGUUGAUUUCAGUUGUUGGCCUGCAGCUUGCAGGCAGAGAACAGCUGCCUGGCGCUCUGGUUUCAUGCUUGCUGCUUUACAUACAGAGAUAACGUGCUCAUUUAGUUACAAGGGUGAGUCAUACAAAACAUGAGGCAUUACGCUACACCGCAGAAAACAUGAAAAGGAAUUGACUUUCCACCUUCUUACCCAGCUGUUCUUGUAGGCAGUGCUGGUAGCACCUCCUGUUCUUAGCGCUGCCCACUAAUUCCUGCUGUGGAACUGCACUUCUGGUUGUUUAGCUGUUAGAGCUGAACUUUCGCAUGUUUAAGCCGAUGGCUUUUGGAUGGGAAGUUGUUCAAAGCAGUUCAGUCUGUUCCAUGAAUAAAGCUGAAACAAAACAUGUUGCCCAUAUUAAAAAAGGAAAGAAAAAGUUUGAUUCGUUUUUCGAAAGUUCGGUUACCCAAGGGGUUGGAACAAGGUCCUUGAAAUUCAGCGAGAGGGUUGCUCAUGUACCACGCGAGUGUUUUGUCCUGUGAACCUGAAUUUGAACUUGGUCAGACUGUAACCUUGUAAGGAACUGGUGACAGCAGCCAGUCCAAGCAGCGAGUGCAGAGGUGGUCUCAGCUCGGCUGGAGGUGAGAACAGGGCAGGGAAUUGGAGGAUGCCGUUUGGCAGGCAAGCACAGGCAUGUCACCUCCCGUUGGCCAGAUCAGCGGAGCGGAUAAUGAAAUGUUAACAGGUCUGUGCCUCAGUUUCCCCCCCGCAAAAUAAACGGGAAAGCACUGUGGAAAAACUUGUGAGUUAAGCCUAAACAAUAACUAUAAAUUAUGUUUUGAGCACUGAAAAGUAAACAGCACGGGGGGCCAGCAAGGAAAGUGCUAAACUAAACACUUGGGCUGUGCUGCAUGCCAUUCUGUGCUAUUCUGUACACGGAGAGGCUUAGGAUGUGGAAAAAUUGCUCAUGACCCUAUAAUUAAAGCUUUUGAUUGUGAGAAAUGUGCCGAGAUACCAACAAUAUGAAUUCGGAUGCUUUCUGCCUUUUUUAGUGCUUGCAUAUGCUACCAUACAUUUCCUUUUAUGUAGAAUUUAAUGAUAAUUCAAUAAUAAGCAUGCAUUGUUGCUCAGUUCCAGCUGGAAUUUGAAAUCCACUGUAUAAAGGGUGUCUUAAAUCUGUGCAGGGAAGAUUCAAGUCCACACUUGAAUCACUGAUCCUUACCUCAAAGGAACAUUUUUAAAAAACAAAACUGAAUACUUAGAAAUCGUGAUAAUCUUCACUUUGUGCUCUCCACAUCUACAUCUAAUCUGCCAGGAAAAUAAAUUACGGAUUAUGUCAUUUCAUACCAGAACAGAAACUUUGGGUUGCAGUGUUUGUUUAAACAAAAAAUCAGAACAAUUUCCUGUGGAGUUUAUUUUUUAAGUAUAAGCCUGUAUUGCUGCAGAAGUUUUGUGGCUCUCCUAAUUGUAAGAUUUUUCCUGCUCGCUGUGUUUACAGUGCUUUCUUCUGGGGGAAGGUCUGAGGAGGGCCGAAAUUCUUACCCAUGCUGUUAUCUGACCAGCAGAUAUGUUCCUGGCAGACACCAGAAAAUCUGAUUAGUUUAAUGUCUAUUUGUAAAGGCAGAAAACCCUCUUUCAUUAAAGAUACAAACUGAUUCUAUUUUGUCUUGAAUUCUCUAGCCAAGCGUGAAAAAAAUCGAGACUGCUUUCUGCUGUGUUCUUCGUGGACCAAACCAAGUUGAGAACCAGCAAUGCUGGUGGAUGGGCGAGCUUAAGUAGAGGAAGGAUCAAGGAGAGGUUGUGCUCAGGAGUCAGCGGUGAUGGAUGGUGAUGGCCACACCUGUUUCUCAGCAUUUUUGACUGAAAUUAUUGCUGACAUUCUUUAUGAAGCGUGCUUUCUCGCUGUUCCAGCUCUGUAGUAAAUGGGAAGCUGGUGUCACCAAAAUGGAAAAAUUUUAAAGGCUUGAAACUUCAGUGGAGAGAUAAAAUCCGUCUCAAUAACGCCAUCUGGAGGGCAUGGUACAUGCAGUACCUGGAGAAGCGCAAGAAUCCUGUGUGCCAUUUUGUGACUCCACUGGAUGGCUCUGUUGAUGUAGACGAACAUCGUCGGCCAGAGGCCAUUGCAACAGAAGGGAAAUACUGGAAACGAAGAAUUGAAAUAGUCAUCAGGGAAUACCACAAGUGGAGAACAUACUUCAAGAAAAGGUUACAGAAGCAUAAAGAUGAAGAUCUUUCAAGUUUGGUCAGGGACGAUGAUGUGGUUCUCUGGCAAAAAAGAAGAUAUGGCAGAGAAACCCCUGUACCUAUGGAGGAAGGCAGCCUCUUGGAUGCUGAUAUGCUUAUGUCUGAGUUCACCGACACACUGUUCUCCACACUGUCUUCACAUCAGCUGGUUUCCUGGCCAAAUCCCAGAGAGAUAGCACACUUAGGAAAUGCUGACAUGAUUCAACCAGGGCUUAUUCCUCUGCAGCCAAAUUUUGAUUUCAUGGAUACUUUUGAGCCUUUUCAGGAUUUAUUCACACCCAGUCGUUCCAGUAAUUAUUACCCCUCUGUGUCUGCUGCCAGCUCAGCUACAACGGACAGCAGCAGCCAUUCUUCCCAGUCUCCUGUCCUGCCGUCGGGUUCCUUGCCCAACACACUUCCAUCUGGGAACAUCAGCGAUGGACUGAUUGCUUCCUCAGUACCUGCUCCUGUCAUUCCUGAUGUUGGCACUGACCAGUGUUCCAGCAUUAGAAGCGGGGGAUCUUUCAUCCAGCCAGCAGACUUUGCUCCUGACUCGUCUCUCAGCGGGCCGCAAACUUUUGUCCCAGUGUUUCAGACACCUUUGCCACUGCUUCAACCUGCGACACAACAGCACCAGUCCCCGUUGCCUGCAGUGCCUCUGAAUACUAGCUUAAGCUCUCCACCACCUGCUUUUGCUGCACCAGAAACCCAGAAGUUUGGCCUCUGCGAAUCUACAGUUAUCACCCACACGGCUUCAGCUACGUUGACCCACAACGCCCCUGCCACCACCUUCAGCCAGAGCCAGAACCUCGUCCUGGCAACGCAGCAGCCAGGUGCAGGAGUGCCUUGUAACCUGGCUUUCCAGACUACUGUCCUGCAGGGGCAGCCCCGGCCCCAGUUGCAGUCCCAACUGACAUUUGCACUCCCCAAAGCCGUUCCCCUGGCCAGUGCUGGGACAAGGCCCAAACAGUCACAAAAAACAGUGCCUGCUCCGAAGCCUGAAACAGUGUCCUUAGUGUUAAAGAAUGCCUUCAUCACCCCAGCUGCCUUUCAGGGACAGUCCAGAGCUGUGAUUGUAACUCCAGCACCUUUAAAAAGAGAGGGGAUUUUGACGCCAGCCAUGUCUCAAUCUAAUGUUGCAAUUGCACCAGCUGGAAUUGCCAGAGCUCCCGGGGUGACGGAGUUCCGUAGUAACAUUCUGGUUGGUCCAGCACAGCAAGCGCCAAGUAGCCAACAAACCCAGUCCACAGUCUCGCAUCUCUUCUCUCCUAGUGUAGUCCAGGAUGGGUUGGUGAAAGGAGAGCAAAUCCCUUCCCACAGUAGCAGUUCACAAGUUCCUUCACCUACACCUAGCCGAGACUGUCAGAAUUCUGGCCAAGCUUCCCCCUGCACCUCUGAGCAGAGCCCCAGCCCGCAGUCUCCCCAGAACAGCAGCUCAGGAAAACCUGCCACUGACCCUCAGAUGGCUGCAUUUAAGAUGCAAAGAAUGAAGCGUAUUUCAUCAGAACAAAAACGAAGGUUCAAUAUCAGGAUUGGUUUCAGUACUCUGAACAGCUUGGUUUCGUCCAACUCCAAGUCGAUCAGCCAUGCAAUCACUCUCCAGAAAACAGUAGAAUAUAUCGCUAAACUACAGCAGGAAAGAACACAGAUGCAAGAGGAAACCAGGCGCCUUCGGGAAGAAAUCGAGGAGCUAAACGCUGCCAUCAUUUCUUGCCAACAGCAGCUCCCUGCUACUGGGGUUCCUAUAACACGGCAAAGGUUUGACCGCAUGAGGAGUAUGUUUGAUGAAUACGUGAGGAACAGGACCCUCCAGAACUGGAAGUUCUGGAUCUUCAGCAUUAUUAUUAAGCCAUUGUUUGAGUCUUUCAAUGGGAUGGUUUCCACAACAAGCUUUAAGGAUCUGAAUCAAACUGCAAUAGCGUGGUUGGAUCAGCACUGUUCUCUCCCUGUUCUAAGGCCAAUGGUGCUGAGCAGCCUUCGGCAUCUAAGUACAAGCACCUCAAUUCUGUCAGAUCCGUCGUGCCUGCCAGAGCAAGCCACAGAGGCAGUUAGCAAGAUGAACAAAACAGCUGGUGAAACCUAACAACCAAAGACAGUGAGUUGCUUGUACAAGGGGUGGAGAACCUGCCAGUCUAGCAGCCUGGUGAGUCUCCUUUCAGUUGGUGCACUUUAGAAAGAAUACUCUCCAUCACCCAAGACCUUCAGGGCAUCUGUCUCUGCCUUCAGAGUAUGUGGAAGUAUGAUGCAACGUUGUCGUAAUGAUUUGAUUCCUCUUCAGUGCUGUACUCUACUCCAUGAAGUGAGAACACCAAGCUCAGGUAAAUUUAGCAGGUUUGAUUCCUGCAGGCAGCAAUAUAUCUCCAUCAAUGCAGCAUGCAUCUGUAUGCAACAAACGUCUUUCUAUAAAACAGCUUCAAGUACUAAGUUCUCUGAAGUGUAAAUCUUGUACACCAAGGAAUGUUCUCUUAAAGGGGAAAUAUACUUUCAGUUUUGUGAAGCAAAAUCUGCUUUUCAUUUUGUUUUCUGGUGUUCAGUUCCAUUUGUUUUACUUGAAUAGUAAACAAUUGUUUAAACAGGAUUAUAUUAAAAACCAAAGGAGAAGAAAAAUCCAUCAGCGACGUCAACUCGUGGAAAAUACUAGAAUUAAAAUCUCAGGCUGUGUUUUGUGUAUUUUUAUUUUAAUGAGUGUACCAUUGCAUAUGAUCAGUUCCAAGGCAUGCUUUAUUUUCUAGCAAAUAAAGUAGCUGAUUUUUAUUAUUUUUCUGAUAUAGCCAUUGCAAUUGAGUAGCAGGCUGUGCAGUAAGUGCAAAAAAGCAGUUUUAGAUUGCACAGAUUCUGGAAUCAAGAUAGACGCAUGAAUUUCAUAUCCAUUUAAUCUCUAAACUGUUUUCUUGCACUCUGCAGAGUUAGGCUACCUUCCUCAUAAAAUGUGUACAUAUAAAACACAUCCAUAGGUAAACGUCAUAGUGCUUCAAAGACAGAAAUGGAGUUCCUAGCGUUAAGAAAUUGGCUUUUUUUUUUUGUCUCAGAAAGCGUAUCAAACCACAUGGACUUGUAGUCAAUUUUUAGCUUCUUUGUCUCUUUUACCUGUUCUUUUUGCCUUCUAUUUCAAAAACCUGAAGGACUUAGCCAAGCUUGGUCUGUAUGGUAAGGUUAUGUUCAACAGGAAUUAUAAAACACACAAAGAUAAGUUAAAACCCACGUAACAUUUUUCUGUGGCAGUCCCUGAAGUACUGCCCUUUGCUGUGGAUAAGCUUUGUCUUUUUACAGCAGCAAUAGUCUGUCCAUCCUUAGACAGCACUGGGAUGUUCAUUCUGGCCAGUUUUUCUUGAUGUAGUCUGGAAUGAUCCUAUGACCCUUGUAAUUCCACUCAUUACUCGAUUCUGAUGCUUUAGAGCUAUUCAGAGUUUGGAUAAAGUUUCCUUGUCACCUGCCCCAAGUAGUUUUUUUUCCAGUUUGGAGAACAGGCUGUCACAGUGCAAUACUUAGGAGCAGCUAAAAAAUUCGGACGUAGCACGUUCUGAAAUAGGGUCAGUAGGUUGUCCCUCAGGGGAUGUACUUUUCCUCUGCAUUGUGUCUAAUGUUCCCCACUUGGUGGGCCAAACCUUAAAAAGCAAUAAUAGGUUUGGGGAGUGGGACUGAGCACAGAGAAUAAUUUUCCUUUCUUCCUUGUCCUGAGAUUUUGCAGCUAGUGGCUUUCAUUGGCUUAUGUGUGAGCAGGGCUGUAAGAAGAAGAAGGCAAAAAGGGCUGCCCGAGGGCCCUCUCCCUGAGCAGGGGCCUGUGAAUUGUGGAAGAGAGGGGCUGAAAGGGACUUGUGCAGGUGGCGGUUCAGUGGGAAGGAAUGUAAGGAGAAGACAAAGCGGCAUGACCGAAGUACCAGCAUGCCUUUCUGUAGCUGUGCAUACAUUCAAGAUGGUCUUUUCUUUUACAGUAGAUCUGAUUGACAUAUCAUUGAAGCUUGUGGCACAUGGGAAAAAACUGUGUCCCUGUGAGAGAGCAAACAGCAAUCUAGGCCUCACCUAGGAAAUGGUUUGUUGAAAUAGUGUGUAAAGGUGGUCAGAGCACUGAAAUAGCGAGUAGCUUUUCUAGGGGCACCUAUAUCCAGGUCUUUCAUACAAAAUGUUUUAUUCAAAUAAGCAGUAUUUUUGGGAUGCAUCAGGAUAAAAGGUGUUGAAUGAGCCUAAAUUAAUUUUUUAAUCAGUGCUUUAAUCCUCCCAUUUCUGUCACUGUUUGUGAACUUGGUUCCAGUUAAAUCAUUUAACAGUGUGAUUAGCUGGGGAGCGCCCCUCAAGUUCUUUACUGGGCUAUCUUGUUGAGAUGCAUAGAUACCUACAUGCGUAUUUGCAUGUUAAAAAUAUGUAUCCGGUUUUGUAGAAAGAAGUCAGCAGGCAAAUUGUCCAGGAACAGACUCACUUGUGUUUUUGCUGUACUUUUCAGAUAAGCAUAUUCUGUAAUGCUUCCCCUGCAAUGUGGUCUCCUGCUCAUCAGGCAGCAGUUUUGCCUGAUUUUUUUUUUACCAUGUUCUUAACCAGGUGUCUGCAACUGAGGUUGCAGUAGUGUUAACAACACUACAGUGUUGUCUCAACAAGCAAAGUGUGCUACAGGCGUGUCUCAGAGCCUAGGGAAGUAUGAUGACUUCUAAGCUUAGAUCCUACCAUUUCAAAUCUCACUGAAUGAAUUGGAAGCUAAAAAGGACCUUAAAGGAAUAGAAACAGGGGGGGUGUAUGACUGAAAUGCUAAAAAGUAUUGCCCAUUAGCAGUUUCGAUCUGGAUGCGAAUGGAAAAAACAUCACACUCUUUGCAUCAUGAGUUGGUUACAAUUGGAGGGAAAGUGCUUAUUGUAAUAAUUUGUGAUGGAGAAACAAGCUCACGGCACUUCUAAAAGACUGCAAAUCUUAACAUAGUAAAGAGAAAAAAAUAAAUCAAAGAUCAAUUACUGAGGCAAGGGUGUAGGAGGGAGGGAAGGAGUAGUGUAAAGAUACUUUCCACAUAGUGUAAUUACCAGAAAUGAUGUGGCUCCUCUUUGAAGGAGUGAAUCAGUGUAUUUUCGUCACCUAACUAUUACAAAUCAGAAUUCUUUUCUCUUAUCAGUCAACUUUGUGGAGGGUGUGAUUUUACUUUAUUUGGAAGCACAGGAGGAAAAAGCUAUGGUAUAUCUCAUCUCUGCACGUUUGAGGUACUGAGGAUUGGUAUGAAAAGAGAUUGGCCACGUAUGUAUUAAUUCCUGUCUAGAUUCCCACUUGGUUAUAUAUUUGAACUACUUAGUCUUUCUGCCUUCCUCAUUUGGGACUCUAAUGGAUUUCUUUUUUUUUUUUUUUUUAAAUAAAACACUUUACCACUUACUCCCCUGACUUAUAUAGUCUGACUUCCUCUAUUUCACCGAAGUACGUUAAGCAAGCAAAACACACUGUGCCUGUAGUCUACACAGAAUUACAGAUCAUGCAUAUCAGUCUUCAGUGAAUUGGUCUGGACCUUUAAAGAAUCCCCAUAUAAGCAAAUGCAACUCAUAAUUAGUCAAAUCCAACAUAUUUUGCUUGAUAAGGGAGGGGAUGGAUAAAAUAUUUGUGGCCUGCGAUACCCACCAAGAUCAAACAGAUUGUCUAGUGGUGCCUUCUGACCUCAAAUUCUAUUAAUCAAUACACUGUAGAAGCCCCCAAUCUCUCCCCAGCUUCUAGAGAAAUUAUGCAUUAUCUGAUGAACUUAUUAGUCUUGUAUGAUACUUCCUGUUAAGACGGGGAAUAAGCAGUGAAACCAAAUUGAAUAAAUUAAUUAGUAGUAGGGAUGGAGACAAGACCAUGCUUCAUCUGGACAGUCCAAGCUCUGCGCAGAACCCAUGGAUUCCUUGUUACUACCAUUUGAUCCGACUGCCGUGUUCUUUCCUGCUUUUCCAAAGCCCUAGGGGAGCUUUCCUUGAAGGGAGACUUACUAGAAUGCUUCUAUCCGUGCCUUAGAUCUUGGGGUCCUGUAUGCACCAGAUGCAUCUUAAGUCUUACAUUCUUACCCCUAACAUGUGGAAAACUCAGUGAAAUGACCAAGUGGGGGUUCCCUUGGUUUUAAGAGAAUGUAUUGUCUGUGUGGCAUUACUGUGCCCCUUUGAACCUGAGGUUGUAAAAAAUUGUGUGGAUGGAUGGGAGGAAGGAAGGAAAAAAAUGGUUUUUCCUGCUGACUUCACUAUCUUUCCCUCCCACGUAUACAGGGGCACACCUGUCCCAAAGUCUGUCAGAAACCUAGUAAAGAUGCACAUGAUUAAAUCUCCAAAUCUAGAAUGGCUUAAAAAAUCAAAGGGCUGGCAGAUUGCAUUGGAAAGUAGCAUCCCUUUAUUUUGUGCCCUCAGGUGUUUUUUUUUUUUUUUUCAUUCUGUGUGUGUAUACGCUUAGGCUCACAUUGUAGAGGUGAAGGGACAGGUGAACUUUAUUUUGUUUGCAAGAAGCUCACUCCAAAACCAUUCAGUAACAUAAUGAUUUUUUAGUCCAAAUUAUUUGGAAGCUAAAUCACUUCUUGUGUUUCUGGGAUGGAUAAUUCUUGCCUCAAUGUUCCCAACCUGAACAUACUGCUAAAAUAAAACUGAUAGUCAACUAUUUUGACCUUUUUUUUUUUUUCUUCUCUCUUUUCUAUCAUUCUUUGCACUUUUAUUGUAAGGAAAAAGAAAAACACCCAGAAUGAAAAGGCUGAUGCUCCCUGGUUUAGGUGCUUUAUGGAUUCAGUCGCACAAAUCUCAGAGGACUGUGGACAGCUGUUGGUGACUUAUAGGAGGUAUUUUUUUUAGGGGAGACAACAGGAGUUUUCCUUUUUCUCUUUCAAUUUAUAUACUUGCAUUUCUGAGGAGAUCGUUUGUUUUUGAGGGUUUUCUUGUAUGGGACCCCAGUACUGUUUCCACAACGUCAGCUAAGGCCUCAACUUCCCUUCUGUUUCUUGGAUGGAUUUCAUGCUUAUUUACUGUGUUAGAGCAGAAGUGGUAGUACCAAAUUGUAGAUUGAGCUGCAAAACUUGAUUCAGUUAGAAGGAAAAACAUCUUAGGUAUGUAAUACAAAGACUUUCUAGCCAUCGUCUGAACUGCUUUUAUAUCUGAACAUUUCCAACGUGAAUAGGGUUUUGAAUCAAAAGAUAUCAGUUAGGAGCAAUCCUCUUACUUAACAAUUUAAAGAACAAAUUGCUCCUUUUCUUCUUGUAUUUAGAUGUGUUUAAGUGAAUGGAGUUCAUUCUUGUUGUUUAAAAAAAGAAGCUUGAAAGCUUGGAGGUUUGAGGACUUCAGGUUGUACUCUUGCUUUUGCCUAGGUUUCCUGUUCUGUUGCAUGACACAACUUCUGUUGUGCUGUUGAUAUGUAGCACUUUUCAGUAGGUCUGUUAAAUUGUGCAAUGCAUUUUUUUUAUAUUUACAACCAAAACAAUAAAGGUUAUUUUUUGGAAGAAA